GCUCAGGUAAACAGCUAGGUUCUGGCCUUGGUAGGCUCUUCUGUGCAGCACUCUCGUGGGAACUAUGGCUUAGAAAAUCGCGGCCUGGUGUUGUGCUGACGCAAUCUCUCGGGCUGCGAGUUUGGUGUCGGCUUCCUGGAGAGGGUGCGAAGAAGGAAGGGGACAGUCGCGAUCCUCGGAAGCGGGACCCGAACCUCUUUGCUCGCUGGAAGCAGAAAUACAGGUGGCUCUUGGUGGGACUGAGACGCAGUGCGAGGGCAGGCCGGCGGGUCUGGAGGGAGACUGCGGGACCCACCGUGCCCACUCGGACCAGACGACCUGGACAGUGCUUUCACGGUUGCUGGUCAGAAGACUGCCCUAGGAGGUGUCCGGGUCUGUGACCCCAACAGAGGGCCGUUACAGAAGCUCUGCCAAGGAGGUCGAUAUCUGGACUGGUCUCCAUUGGGAAGUUUCUGUAUUUUCCUGCCUUCAGUGACGAAUGAGGUUUGAGUCAUCGUGCUUUGAGACUGCUUCAUUCAGGGUGUUCUGUCCACAUUUAGUGGUUCCUGCUGAGUCUUCUCAGAGCUCUAUUUUCAUCAAGCUGGCACCAAAGCUCUUCACAGCACACCUGUGCCUAGUAGCUAAUUGCAUAGUGUUUUGAGCGGAGAAUCGAGGACCAGACCAUGGCUACCCUUUCACUCUCAUGACUCUGUCCUGGUCUCCUUUUCUCAACUGUGCUUCUGGAAUCACCUGUGUGUUUUCAAGGGCAAAACCACAAACAAGCAACUUAAAGACAUCAUGAAUGAAUAUGUGGACAAUGCAGCCCUAAACCUGAGUUAAUCUUCAGAUUGGAACAGGGAGCAGAGCCAUGGACAGCAGACGAAUCUACAAACCAGAGUAUGUCAGCAAAAUGGAGUCAGUCCUCUCACAAGCCUUCGCUGAAGAGCUCAACUGCUCUAUCUGCAUGAGCUACCUUACAGACCCAGUCACCAUAAACUGUGGCCACAGCUUCUGUCGAGCCUGCCUCCACCUUUUCUGGGAAGACAGUCUCUUUCCAGGCCAUUGUCCUACGUGUAGGGAACGAACCAAGCAGAAGGACUUCAGAACCAACAUUGUUUUGAAGAAGCUGGUGUCCAUUGCCAGACAAGCCAGCCUCAUGAAAUACCUGAUUUUGGAGGAGAAUAAGUGUGUGAUCCACAAGGAGAUCAAGGGGAUCUUCUGUAUGGAGAACAGGAUCUACCUCUGUCAGCUCUGCUCUGACUCCCAGAUGCACAGAAGUCACAGACACUCUCCCGUUGAAGCAGCUGCUGAGGGUGAAAUGGAGAGACUUCUAAAGCAAAUGACAUCUUUACAGGAGAAGAUCCAAGAAAUUAAAGAGAAUCUAGAGGCAGAGUGCAGAAUGAAACUUUGGUUUAAAAACUUCCUGGUUAUGAGGGAAGACAUGAUCAGGACAGAGUAUAGGAAAUGGCGUGCAGUCCCACAUGAACAGGAAGAUCAACAUAUUGUGCGCAUGAAAAAUGAAGGCGAUUGUGUUUUUGAGAAACUCGGAGAAAGUGAAGCCAUGAUGAUCCAAAAGAGAAAACAACUAAGAGAAAUGUUUCAGGAACUCAUGGCGAUGUCCCAGGAGCCAUAUGUGAUACUACUCCAGGAUUUGGAUAAUAUAUUGAGAAGGAGUGAGGCAGUGGAUCUGAGUAUACCCCAAGCUAUGAAACCAGAACUCUCUGCCCUCCCCAUCACUGGACUGACUGAAAGUUUCAACCACUACAAAGUGCACAUUUCCUUUGAAAAUCUAUUUGGAUUGCAUUGUAAGAAGAACCUGUUUAAUGUCAUGAGAAGAGCCAGCUUCAAAUAUCACCAUCAGUAUACAUCUGUGGAUCCUGUUGGAUCCUAUUUGGCCUCCUGGGGCUCACAGAACUUCAUCUCAGGGAAAUAUUACUGGGAACUGGAUUUGAAGGACUCUAGUGACUGGGCUGUAGGAGUCUGUACCAAUUCCUGGUUAAUGAAUAGAAACAAAGAAGUUGAAACUAAGGGUGCAUUUCUUCUUUUCUGUAUGAAGGAGGGUAGUCAUUACAGUCUCCUCACCACAAACCCAGUAAUCCAUCACUAUAUAGAGAAGCCACUGGACAGGGUUGGUGUGUUCCUUGAUUGUGAGGCUGGAUAUUUAAGUUUCCUGAAUGUUGCCAAGAGUUCCCUCAUAUACAGAUAUCCUCAUAAGACUUUUAAGUACCGUGUUUGGCCUUACUUCUCCUAUGGUCAAAUAAUACCAUAG